AUAAGAAUUUAGAUAGCUGGGCUAUUGACAAAAAUCAGGCCCCUUCUGGACCUAUCAACUCCAAGGCUAUUACAUACGUAGCGCCCUAGUUGUCGCAACCUCCCAAUGGAACACUUAUGACCAAUGACAUAAGUGAUGGUAAACCAGCUGAAGAGGAUGUUGCAUGCAUCGCUUUAUCCAAAAAUGAUUCUUCCGUUAUGUUUGCCUUGGUGGAAAGGUUUCCUUGUACAACAUGAUGACAUUCAUGUGUCUCAGGUCAUGACAAUGUUUAUGCCCUCACCUUUGGCAACUACCUUUUGGCAUUCCAUCCUCAAGAAAAUAAUAUUAUUGCCAUUGGGAUGGAGGAUUCUACCAUUGAGAUAUAGAAUAUCAGAGUUGAUGAGGUCAGAACCAAAUUUAAGGGUCACCAAAAUCGAAUCACAGGGCUUUCAUAUCCCAAACUUUAAAUGCACUGGUGUUUCAGGGGCUGAUGCUCAGCUAUGCAUGCGGAGUAUUGAUAAAUGGGAGAAAGCUAAAAUCAAGGUUCAUACUAGCACCAGCUGGCCAUCAAUCCCCUUAACUGUCAAGACACAAGCUUAGGAACAGUCUGGGUUAAAAUGCAAUAUUGGAAAGUAGCCUGGAUUGAACGAAGUAGUAAAACUUAAUCUGGAUUAAAAUGUCAGAAAUCGAAGUUCUGUAGAAACGCAGCGUUUUGUAUCUACGGCUAUAUAAAAGAGGCCGCGCGCGUUAUUCUUUUAUUCAGUUAAUCAAUCAAUGAAAAUAUUUUCCUCUUCAAUUUUUCCCAGUUUUUCUUCCUGAUUCUAGAAGAAUCUCACAGUUUAAAAGAAACAUUAAUGUAACUUGAUUCCAAUUAGAAGGAAUUGAUA